CUGGAAGUGUCCAUCGGGGACACGCAGAUUCUGAAGGGCAUAAGCCUCACGGUGAAUAUCGGCGAGGUGCAUGCGAUUAUGGGGCCGAACGGCUCGGGCAAGAGCACACUGGCGAAUGUGCUGGCGGGCAGGCCGGAGUACAAAAUCACCGGCGGCGAGGUGCUCUACAAGGGGCAGAACCUCUUGGCGAUGGCUCCGGAGACGCGGGCGCGCGAGGGCGUGUUCCUGGCGUUCCAGUAUCCCGUUGAGUUGCCGGGCGUGCGCUCGUGGCAGUUCUUGAAGACUUCGGUUGACGCGAUGCGUCAGCAUCGUGGCGAAAAGGAGCUGCGAGUGAGGGAGUUCGACCGGCUGCUUGAAGCCGCGAUGGAGACGGUGGAGAUUGAGGGCGACCUCGUGCGGCGGUCGGUCAACGAGGGCUAUUCGGGCGGCGAGAAGAAGCGCAACGAGAUACUACAGCUUGCGCUGCUUAAGCCGACGCUUGCGCUGCUGGACGAGACUGACUCAGGGCUGGACAUUGACGCGCUACGCAUCGUGUCGAAUGGCGUGAAUCAGUACAAGUCGAGUGAGCGCGCUAUUGUGAUGGUCACGCACUACCAGCGGAUAUUGAACUACAUCACGCCGGACUAUGUGCAUGUGCUGGUUGACGGUAAUAUCGCGAUGUCGGGUGGCCGCGAGCUUGCGCUUGAGCUUGAGGAGAAGGGGUACGAGUGGCUGAGGGAGGAAGUGCCUGCCUAG